AUGUCUCGAUUUGACCCAUUCGCCCUCAUCGAUCUCCCCUACCGCGUCAUCAAUAACCACUCCCUCGAUGCUACGGUCCUCAUACCCAAAAACACAUGUGGAAACCCGCUCGACAAGAAAGAAUGCCCCGUGAUGGUCAGGUUCCACGGUGGAGGCUUCAUUGUAGGCCACCGCAACUACGAGCCCUGGUUUGCUCAAUGGUUCCUGGACCUCGCAUACGCACACGGCGCUAUCAUCAUCUCGCCGGACUACCGACUGCUCCCCGAAUCCAAUGGGGCUGAUAUUUUAAGCGACUUGGAACACUUCUGGCAGUGGAUUCAGAAAGAUCUAUUGGACAUUGCUGAGAAACAGCGUUGGGGCGUUGUCCCCGAUCUUUCUCGUGUGUUAUGUUGUGGGGAGAGUUCCGGGGGCUGUUUGGCGGUUUACUCGGCCUUGGGGUUGCCUUCUAUAUUAUCCCAGAACUCUGUGCAAAGAAACAACGCACAGAAAGGAGAAGCGGAAACAAUAACCAUCAAGGCCGUGAUACCUAUUUCCGCGCCGCUCGAUCCGAAUGUGCCCGAACUGAAGAUUCCUCGACCCCGGAAAUUUAUGGGAACGAAAGCACCGCCUCCAAGACAAGCCGAGGCCUUGAUUCGGAAGUACAUCAAGAACAUGACGCCGGGAGCAAUCAGGACGGGACAGGAUCCCACACUCGAUAUGUGGGAGUUGUUGCUGUGUAUUCUACAGCAGUGCUAUCUACCCAGGCUUUUCAAAGGCAACGGGGACAAGGAUAUGUUUGGAAUGCUCAUAGCGAUGUUGGAGAAGACAGAAGACAAAACAGCAAAUGCGAUGAUUCCGACUUGGAUCAUUCAUGGAACUCAGGACACACUGGUAUUUCCAUUCCCUCUUCCUAUCUGGCUACACGUUAUUAAUGUUAAAGUGCAACGUGUUCAGAUCCCGCAUGUUUGCUCUACAAGCUUUGUACAGCGUCUGAAGGAGAUUGCGCCCACUACCCCAGUAAGGAUUGACUUGCAGCCUGGAGACCACCUGUUUGAUGUUGAGAUGACCAUGGAUGAGAGAUGGAUUGCAGAGGGCAGGAAACUAUUCUUGGAGAAGUACUGGCCUUGA